AUGGGAGGCUUCCCAGUGUCUAGCUCCAAGAAGAGUCUGGCUCUGUCUCCUCUCUACCCCACUGGCAAGUCCCACCUGGCUAUAGUACAAAGAGUAAACAAUGAAGGAGAAGGAGAUCCUUUUUAUGAAGUCCUGGGAAUUGUCACUUUAGAAGAUGUGAUUGAAGAGAUCAUCAAAUCCGAAAUUUUGGAUGAAACAGAUCUAUACACUGAUAACAAGACGAAGAAGAAAGUCGCCCAUCGGGACAGGAAGCAGGACUUCUCGGCCUUCAAGCAGACAGACAGCGAGAUGAAGGUUAAAAUAUCGCCGCAGCUCCUCCUGGCAAUGCACCGGUUCCUGGCAACAGAAGUAGAAGCCUUUGGUCCAUCCCAGAUGUCAGAGAAGAUCCUUCUCAGGCUGCUAAAACAUCCCAACGUCAUCCAGGAGCUGAAAUACGAUGAGAAGAACAAGAAAGCCCCAGAAUACUACCUCUACCAGCGAAACAAGCCCGUCGACUACUUUGUUCUCAUUUUACAGGGGAAAGUGGAAGUGGAGGCUGGGAAAGAGGGGAUGAAGUUUGAAGCUGGUGCUUUUUCCUACUACGGGGUGAUGGCCCUGACAGCAUCGCCAGUUCCCUUGUCCCUGUCUCGUACCUUUGUUGUCAGCAGAACAGAGUUGUUAGCAGCAGGUUCUCCAGCUGAAAACAAGUCUCCACCUCGGCCCUGUGGCUUGAAUCACUCAGACUCUUUAAACCGAAGUGAUCGCAUUGAUGCAGUGACGCCAACGUUAGGGAGCAGCAACAACCAGCUGAAUGCGUCUUUCCUCCAAGUGUACGUCCCGGACUACUCAGUGAAAGCACUCACAGACAUUCAGUUUGUCAAGAUCUCAAGACAGCAGUACCAAAAUGCCCUGAUGGCAUCCCGGAUGGACAAAACACCUCAGUCCUCGGACAGUGAAAACACUAAAAUCGAACUGACUCUUACGGAGCUGCAUGACGGUUUGCCGGACGAGGCCGCAAACCUGCUGACCGAACAGAACUGUGUGACUCACAACAAGCCCAACCACAAUAUGCACAGUGAAGGAGCCAUCUAGGAGCUGACUCCCCACAACCCUCCCAUCCCAUCUCCUCAGCAGGACCAGUCCUCGCUCCUUCCUGCCUCCUCCCCGAGUGUGAACACCGUUAGUUUGUGCUUGCAACACUGUGCUGCAUCCAGUGUUCUGAGACCAAAGACUUUUGCGUCCGUUCUGGGAGCAGAAGAGGAAGAAACAGGAAGAAAGGAGCAAAGAACAAGAUAGAGGGACUAAAGCCUCAAGCGUACUUUGGGAAUGGUGAGCCACCCUUGAGAACGAUGAAAGUACUUCUUGCAAAGUAGAAUCAUGUUUAUUUUUAUCUGUAUUUUGCACCCUUGUUGGAUUUUUCCUCCUCAAACACAUAUGGAGAAGUUUAAAAACUGCUCCGAUUAUUUUUUCAAGAGAGAUCAUGUUUUUAAAAAGUAUUUUGCAGAGUUUUAAAUUGUUUCUGUCCCUCCCCAACCUGAAGUAAGCUCUACUGUGGUUUUGUAAGUUGGCUCCAAUGUCCUUAGACCUCUUUUCACCUCUUUCUGGGUCUUUUUGUUGCCCUGUUGAAGAAGUUAGAAACGGUACUUGUAUGUGUUUGUCUCCUAACAAUGUGCAAGCUUCAAGGAACCUCUGGUUUCAGCCACCUGGAGGGUCAAGGGAUGCGUAUCAUUGCAUUCUUGCAGUUAAGUUUCAGGGAAGGAGUGGUCAUUUUGGUA